CUGCUGCAGCUCGGUGCCAGCUCCCCUGCCAGAGCGUGAGCCACCCCCUGGCUGCGGGUGAGCCCCACAUGGCCGGGCCUGGUGACAGAGAGAGAGAGGCUGGUCCUGUGCAGCCUGUCCUCAGCGGCGUCUCAGUGCCCCAGAGCACUGCCAGCCCGCGAGGGGGAGGAACUUUCGGUGCUUACAUAAGACACUAUCUAUGGCAGGCACAGCCUCGUGCCUCUGCUCCGCCUCCACAGCGCUCCACUAACGCACCGGGAGCGCGGGCGGGAGCCCGGAGCGGGCUGUACGCAGGAGGCUGGCCCGAGCCGCCGCUCCCACCUGCGCGGGGGCUGUGGAAUGGGCUGCACGGGCACACACAGCCCAGCUGCACCUGCCGGGCACGGAUCCGCGGGGACCCUGUGCCCGCUCCGCGGCCUGGGGCCGCCCGUACCUGGUUCUUUGCUCUGACUUCCCUUCGUUCGCUGUUCCUGAUUGCUUUAACCCUCAUAGUAGUAGUGUGUCUAGACCAGUGGAAGCACAAAAUCUGGCCAGAAAUUGGUGUGGCAAGACCUGAUGAAUUAGACAAUGAGAGCUGGGGAUACGUCCACCCUCGGCUGCUCGGACUGCCAGAGCUCUGUCAUCAUUUGGCUGAAGGAUGGGUGACUGGGACCAACUUCUUAAAUAAUCUCUUCGUUUUCAAGAGGCAAAGUCCUGGCAAGUUUUGCCUUCUAGUGUGUGGAGUGUUCACUUUCCUGGCUGUCCUGGGCCGGUAUAUCCCUGGGCUCUUGCUCUCAUACUUGCUGUUGCUCUUGGUGCUGCUGUGGCCCCUGGCCGUGUACCACAGGCUGGGGCAGCGCAUGUACCUGCGGCUGGAGCCCGUGCUGCAGCGCCUGGACUUCAGCGUCCGGGGAUACGUGACAGCGAGGCAGCGCGAGAGGCAGCUGCGCGGCCAGGCCCUUGGUCAGGAAGCCACGGAUGAAGGGAGUGACAGCGAAGAGGAGCUGGCUGCAUUCUGCCCCAAGCUGGAUGAUUCCGUGGUUGCCAAGGAACUGACCAUCUCCGACUCUGAGCAUUCAGAUGCUGAGGUUUCCUAUACUGAAAAUGGGAUGUUUAACCUUUCAAGGGGCCAGACGCCCUUGACAGAGGGAUCAGAAGACUUGGAUGGUCACAGUGACCCAGAAGAAUCUUUUGCCAGGGAUCUCCCUGACUUCCCUUCCAUAAACCCAGAAGCAACUGGCAUAGAUGAUGAAGAUGACACCAGCAUUGGGAUCCCGAGCCUGGCGUACCGCCCACAAGGGACAGAGGAUCUGCAGCUCCCAUACGAGCAGGAGGAAUUUGGCACACUGCCAUCGGUGCAGAAUCUCACCAACAACAUCGCUGGCUUUGUCACCAGGGGCAUGAUCCAGCUGGCACUGUCGGGAGGCCCUCAGCCAGGCUCCUCACGCAGCACCAAUUCCCAGAGAGGGGCAAAGACUCACCUCAGAGCAGCCAGUUUGGACUUGGACACUGACGCCGAAGGGGAUGACUUUGAACUGUUGGAUCAGUCCGAGCUGAACCAGCUGGAUCCCACUGGCUCCCGGGGCCAGUAAACCAUCCUGUCACUUCCCUCUGGUUUUCUGUUGCGCAUCAUGGAGUGAAUCCUAGAAGGAAAAGCUUUGCACAGUUCUCUCAGUCAUCUCCUGUGAGUCUGGGUGAUGUGACAGCCAGUCCUGGCUGAGUGCACCACUGUGACUUGUCACUCCGUAGCCUCGCUUGGAUCUUAAAGGACACUGGCAAUCUGUAGGGAAGAGGCGUUGAUGGGAUAGCUCCACAAUCACCCUGCACUGUCUGACAUGAUGCUGCCUGCUCCAAACUUUAUUAAAGACAAUAAAUCUGGUGUUUGCAGCUCUCAA